UUUGCAUUUGAUUGGUUGAUUGCAGAAACAAUUAUUUUUCAUAUCCUAAUCGACAUAAAAACUGUGCGCAUCAUUCUCCCGGCACUUCCUGAACCUUCCGCAACUGCAUUACGCCUGACAUCAUGAAUAAUUUCAGUAAAACCCUUAUGAGGGGUGUAAGCAAACAUACUGCGGCUCAAACCAAUGGAGCGCCUUCCAAGCAUGCGGUUCCAGAAAUCAAAAAAGUGGUACUGGUGACGGGCGCAUCGGGUUAUGUUGGCUCACACUGUGUCAAAAUGCUUUUAAAUGAAGGCUAUCGAGUUCGCGGAACUGUCCGAAGCUUGAAGAACGAGAAAAAGGUAAAGCCAGUUCUUCAGCUACAGCAAGAUGAUCGUUUGGAGCUGGUAGAGGCGGAUUUGUUGAAGCCAGACACAUGGGCAAGUGCGGUUUCUGGCUGUCACUACAUUCUACACGUCGCGUCACCUUUUCCACUAGCGGCGGAUGAGAGCUGCGUUGAUAUUGCCGUCAAUGGGACUUUGAAUGUUCUCAGAGCUGCUUCGAAGGAACCAUCAGUGAAGAAAGUUGUGCUUACUAGCAGCUGCGUAGCUGUCAACGAAGGUCAUCCGCAGGACAAAGUGUUUGAUGAAACUUCAUGGACAGAUGUGACCAGCCCCAAAGUGGAGUAUUACGCCAAAAGUAAAACGUUAGCAGAAAAGGCUGCCUGGGACUUUGUAAAGGAUAUAAAGGAGGGAAACAAAUUUGCUCUAACAUGCCUGAACCCUACUAUGGUCGUUGGUCCCCUGCUCGUCAAUGAAGGAGGAGGAAGUGUUACACUUAUCCGACGCUUCCUGAAUAAUGAAAUGCCAGCCGUACCUCGCAUAAACAUUGGUUUCGUUGACGUCUUUGACGUAGCCAAAGCACAUGUCGAAGCUAUGCGGCGACCAGAGAGCGAUGGUGAACGCAUUUUGAUUACCUACCAGCCAUCCUUUUGGUUCAAAGAUAUUGUACAAAUUCUCGGCAAAGAAUUCAAGGAGCAAGGCUUUGGAGUUCCACGUCGUGAGGUACCGUAUUGGAUGGUGUGGAUGUAUUCAUUUUUUGACAAAGAAAUCGCGUCGGGUCUGUACCGCAUUGGUGAUACGGUACGCUUCGAUAACUCAAAGGCAACGCGUCUUCUCGGUAUGCAAUUUCGUGAUCCUACAGAAAGUUUCAUUGAAAUGGGCUAUUCACUGAUCGAAAGAGGAAUUGUCAAAAGGCGAUCUGGCUAUCGCGGAGUACCCGUCAAAUACCAACAUCUCAUUCAGUCUAACGAUAAGUAGAUUUGCACAAUUUUAUCAGCUUCAGUAAUCAGUUUUUAGCGUGAA